CUCACACACACCUUGCCCAUGUUGCGCGCGCACAACAAUUUCUGAUCCCAGUGUCGUAGUUAGAUUAGGUUUUACAUUGUGAAAAAAUCGAAUAUCUAGAAAUUCAAGUUGGGAAGGAGUGUAGCUUCGUUUUCUUUGCAACAAAGAUUCACGAAGGUAGACUCAUAUAAAUCGCAACCAUGUUGAUGAAAGAAUUAACAACUUGUUUAUUUUAGAGGUUAUGAUCCUCCUUCCCCUUGGAAUUCCCAUUUUCUUUAUUUUCCCUCAGACUUUGCGAUGAUGAGAAAAAUCGUUACUGGAAAUUUUUCCCUUUUUGAUAGUCAACACAGUUUCUCUAUCAGAAUAUCAAAUUGAGACCAAAAAAAAAAACACGCUGCUUAACUACUUUGAUACAUUUUUGAAAAUGAGACACAAAACGUAUUGCUUUGUAACUAUUUUGAUACAUUUUUUGUCUCAAUUUAAUAUCCUUAAAAAAAACUGAAAUAGAAAUUAUGCGUGGGAGAAAGAGAGAGCAAAGUUCAUUUUAAAGAAAAUUCGAAAAAAAAAUAUUAGUGUCAUUCGUGACUCUUUUAAGGAACGCGAAAUCGAUGACUUGAGAAAAUUAUUCUAACCUCUAAUUGGGCGUUCUUUUGGAAAAAAAAACAAGUUGGGAAGAAUCGAACCCUGGCUCUGCAGCCGCGAGUCGGGAGGUGAAGCCACUUGACCAUCUCACAAGGUUAAGUCCUCAAGUGAGGGGAAAAAAAUGGAUGGACCAGGAACAAUGACUUGGGAAGAGUUCGUUGAAAAUGCCGAAAGCAUCAUAGAAAUAUCGAAUGCAAUUGACGACCAUUGGCAAUUUGAAGGGGACAAGAAUAUUCCUGGACAGGGUUAUCUAUUGCGACAAGAAAAGACUUUUAUUUCAAUCGACUUUCCGUGCAGUGAAUCGUGUUUAAAGGCAGAAGAGGAUUUGUCAAAUGAGCUUUGUCUUGAAUUGAGAGAAGAUCCUUUUGAAGCUCCUUCUGCAUUCGAGAGGCCUCUAGUUAAGGAACAUCAUAUCCUUUGGUCUAUGAGUUACAGUGUACCGGUUCUCUACUUCAACGGAUGGAAAUCGGAUUGUCCAGGAAUCAAUCCAGUAUCGGUAGAAGUGGCUCAAAAGCUACUUGAAAAUGAGAAUUUAAAUUAUUCCGAAUUGUCUCAAGCGAUUCAUCCAAUUCUUGGCACAUGUUUUUUGUACCUUCAUCCCUGUAUGUCUCAAAGUCUCCUAAAAAUCACACCCAAAAGCAACAACAAAUUAAUUAGUUGGCUGAGUGUGGUGGCCACAGCGGCUCUAAACCUUAAAAUAAGACCAGAAUAUUAUGAAUUGACCUUUCGGGACACCACAGAAGCAGAUGGAAAUUCCAAACAUGAACAUGAUAUUCCUGAGAUUCAGUAGCAACAAAUUGCAUCAUCAUUGACACAAAGGAUCUCCAAACUGGAACUAAACACUAUAUUGUAAUAAUCUAGUGUCUAAUACACUGCGACAAUGAGUAUAUUUCCUUUCUCUCUAAGCAAAUGAAUAUAUAAUUGUAUGAAUCAUCCGAAAAAAAAGGUAUUUAUAUGCUCGAAAUGUA